ACAGCUGAACCACGAUCCUGGGAGAAAGAAUUUCCUUCGCUUUUUAGUGGAAUGGGCCUGUGCACCAAGGCACAAAUUCACCUACAGCUGCAACAAGGGAGCAGACCAGUUUUUCGACCGAAACGUCCGGUUGCAUACGCGAUGGAAGAUGCUGUAAAUAAAGAGUUGGAUCGGCUUGAGAAUCUAGGCAUCAUCAGUUCCUGCGACUAUUCGGAUUGGGCAGCACCAGUCGUAGUGGUUCGAAAGGCGAACGGCAAAAUACGGCUUUGCGGAGACUAUAGCACCGGACUCAAUGCAGCAUUACACCCGCACGAAUAUCCGCUUCCUUUACCCCAGGACAUUUUUUCUAAGCUAGCCCGUUGCGUAAUAUUUUCACAAAUUGAUUUAUCCGAUGCAUUUUUGCAGGUAGAAAUAGAAGCAAAGAGCCGACCCCUGCUGACAAUUAAUACGCAUCGUGGUCUAUACCAUUACAACAGGCUUCCUCCAGGCAUAAAAGUGGCCCCUGGUGCCUUUCAGCAGAUAAUGGAUAAAAUGCUCGCCGGGGUAAAUGGAGUAUCUGCUUACAUGGAUGACGUAAUAGUUGGAGGGAAAACACAGGAAGAGCAUGAUGCAGCUCUUGAAGAAACGCUGAAGCGCAUAAGGGACUAUGGGUUUACCAUCCGGCGUGAAAAGUGCGCAUUCAACAAGUCGGAAAUACGCUACUUGGGGCAUAUCAUCGACAUCCGAGGCCUACGACCCGACCCGGCAAAGAUCGACGCCAUAAAAAAUUUGCCUGCUCCAAAAGAUGUCACAGGCGUUCGAUCAUUCAUCGGUGCGAUAAAUUUUUAUGCCAAGUUUAUCCCCAACAUGCGUAACUUGCGCUACCCAUUGGAUAAGUUGCUGCUAGCCGGAAGUGUGUUCCAGUGGACACCCGAAUGUCAGAAAGCUUUUGACCAAUUUAAAGCCCUCUUGUCCACGGAGCUCUUGCUCACACACUACGAUCCAACGCGCGACAUAGUUGUGUCCGCCGAUGCAUCAUCAGUUGGCCUAGGAGCAACGCUAUGCCACAAGUACCCAGACGGAUCCCUAAAAGUGGUACAACACGCAUCCAGAGCACUCAGCAAGGCGAAGAUUGGUUAUAGCCAAAUCGACAGAGAAGGAUUGGCAAUAAUUUUCGCUGUAACCAAAUUUCAUCGCAUGAUAUACGGUCGUCAUUUCACACUGCAGACCGACCACCGACCAUUGGUACGCAUAUUUGGCAGUAAGAAAGGAAUUCCGACAUACACAGCAAACCGGCUGCAGAGGUUUGCACUUACUCUUCAGCUGUAUGACAUGGACAUCGAGUAUGUAGCAACAGGCUCAUUUGGAAACGCCGAUGUGUUAUCUCGGCUCAUACAUCAUCACGCCAAACCUGAAGCUGAAUACGUCAUCGCCAGCCUGGAGUUAGAAAACGACUUAAGGUCAGUUGCCAUUAAUGCGCUUAGCUCAUUUCCUUUAUGUUUUAGAGACGUUGAGACAGCUACGCAGACUGACCCCUUGCUCCGGAAAGUCCAUAAGUACGUGCAGGACGGAUGGCCGCAUGAUGUUUCAUUCGGAGCAGAUUUGGCACGGUACCACAAUAGGAAAGAAUCGCUCUCAACCGUUGAGGGGUGUAUACUUUUCGGGGAGAGAGUGGUCAUCCCGGAGAAACUGCGUUCCCGUUGUUUGCUGCAGCUGCACAAGGGUCAUCCGGGGAUGCAGAGAAUGAAGGCGAUUGCGAGAAGCUACCUGUAUUGGCCAAUGAUCGACGACGAUAUUGUGAGCUACGUGGCAUCUUGUGAAUCCUGUUUGGCAGCCGCUAAAGCACCCCCUCGAGCAACACCAGCGACAUGGCCAACACCAUCGGGCGCCUGGCGUAGAGUACACGUGGACUAUGCUGGACCACUGGAAGGGUAUUUCUUUUUAGUGGUGGUUGAGGCUUUCUCCAAGUGGCCUGAAAUCUACAAAACUACGAGUACAACAACAUCUGCCACCAUCUCCAUGUUACGGAACAUUUUCGCUCGCUUCGGUAUGCCUGAAACGUUAGUUAGCGACAACGGUCCGCAAUUUACCAGCGCUUUGUUUGCGGAGUUUUGCAACAGCAGCGGGAUCGAGCACAUCACGACAGCACCGUUCCAUCCGCAAUCAAAUGGACAGGCGGAGCGGUUCGUCGAUACGCUGAAACGAGCACUGCGGAAGAUCCAGAGCGACGAGACGUCCCUUGAUGAGGCCCUGGAAUUGUUUCUCAUGACGUACCGAUCGACACCAAAUGCGCAGUUGAACCAGCAGAAAUCUCCAGCUGAGGAAAUGUUCGGCCGCCCCAUCAGGACAGCACUGGAGCUGUUGCGGCCCCCAUCAUCACACUCACUAUCUCCUUCCUCAUUUAUUUCAGUGCGAAGUUUUCAGCCUGGCGAUUUCGUCUCUACAAAAUCUUUCUAUAGAAACUCAUGGAAGUGGAUACCGGGAAAGAUCGUUCGUAGCUGUGGACGCGUUAUGUAUGACGUCAUUGCGAGUGAUGGACGUUUACUUCGGCGCCACAUAAACCAAAUCAGGCGUCGUGCGGUAGCCCGUGCACCUGAGGGACAUCAGCUGCCGCUUGAUGUACUGUUAGAGGAAUGGGCUUCUUCUUCUUCCCGACCAGAGCCAACCCACCCGGAGCUGGAACCAAUCGUAAGCGAGCCAACAGCGCUUCCACGGUCAUCGCCCGCUUAUUCAUCACUAGCAGCGACGACCCCGAUGGAUCUUCCUUUGACGACAUCCAGCUCGCUACCUCCUGCCGACCUCGAAAACCGUCACGGAGGUAGGACCGAUCAGCGCCUGAUAGAUUUGCCACGCAGGUCUUCUCGAGUAAGAAAACUUCCGCGUCGGUUCGGAGCCUAUCAGCUCAUUUAGCCGGGGGAGAUGUUGCAGUCCGCCGAGACUGCAGCCUCUUCGCACACUCGAUGCUUUCCGGGAACUGACAGCAUUCGAUGUGUAGCGAAUAUAGUCGUCUUUUUCUCUCUCUCUCUCGUGAUCCAUUACGAUCGGGGAUCCUGCGAUGUAACGAACACUCGGGAUUUUAUCUGCACCAGCAAUAGACGUGGCUAGCGCGCGCGGCACCGUAUUCCUUUUCCUUUUAUCAUUUGAUCGUUUUUAUAUAUAUGUUUGUUAAAAUAAAGUAUAAGUCAACAACAAC